AUGGAAGCCGCCAUCAGAUGGUCGCCGCACUCCACUCAGCAGCAGCCACGCUUUUUGAUCAUCGAUGUUGCUGGCAACCGGCUUCGCUUGUGCCAGAUUGAGGGCUUUACUGGGUCGAAAGUCAACUACCGACAGCUCUUGAUUCGCGACAAACUUCCCAACUACACGGCCUUUGACUGGUCGAAGAAAGACCCUGAUGUAGUGGCCAUUGGUUCAGCAUCUGGAGAAGCUCAUAUCGUGCAGUUGGACCCUAACAAGCCAGAGGGUGACUUCCUCCAUGCCUUCCCCAUCAGACACCAGAGGAAGUGUAACUCGAUUGCCUUCAGUCACAAAAACCUCCUCGCUACUGGCUUGGACAGAGUGAGAAACGAUGUUUGUCUCAACAUCUACGACAUGAACGACGCCAGGUUCACAAGCAAGGACGAGCCAUACAAGAGGCUUGCAAGCUCCGAGGCCGUCUCCAGCAUCAAGUUCUUUACUGGUCAGCCAGACACGCUUCUUGCAGGCGUUCAAAGGCAGUACGUUCGGAUGUACGAUCUUCGAGACUCUGGCACACAAGGUAUCACCAAUAUACAGACGAAACAAGUACACAACAUCGCCAUAGAUCCACUAGACGAAAACUACUUUCUUUCGGCAGGGACCACAGGUGACCCUACUGUGACUGUGUGGGAUCAGCGAAUGGUGAAACAACGCAAUGACAACGUCGGUGCAGUGCUCGAGUUCAAGCCUAUAGUCGAUAACAGCCAGCCGGCGAGCAUCUGGAGCCUGAGAUAUUCAGGCACGAAGAGAGGCACUUUCGGCGUCCUCGCAAACACAGGCGAGUUCAAAAUCUUGGAACUCGCCCAGCACUCGCAUCGACUGGAGACGCUCAAGUCGUCGACUGACACGUCUAUGGCUCGGGCUUGGUCGUCACAACACUAUGCGAAGGUCUCGCACUAUUUGCGCUACCCUUGGCAUAGCAGGGACCACCCGCAGAAACAAAAGGAUCGGGUCAUGGCUUACGAUUUCAUGACCGUCGGCAACCCACUGGAAGGGCAGUGUGCGUUGGCAUUGCACGCAAACCGGGAGGUGGAAGUGUUGAAGGUGCCACCACCAGCCCCGCGCAUCAACGUAAGCGCUCUUGAGGAAAUCUACAAGGAUCGCACCACGAUCGCUAGACCGAGGAAAAGUCAUGGCACAGUAGCGGAGGAUCUUAUGGAAAUUCAGAACGAGGCAUUGAGCAGGAAGGGUGAUCUCGGUCCUGCUGAUUUAUCUGAAAGCUUGGAAAAACUCAACAUCACAAGAACCCGCGAAGACAUUUUGAGAUUGGCGUAUCCUGACGUCAAAUUACCUCUUGCCGACUAUCUUACGUCCUUAUCAACAUCCAAGCGACGCUGUCAAGAAGGCUACUCUCUUGGGUGUGCGCAGAACAAGGCCAUUGUGACGAAUGAUCCAUGGCUGAUGGACAUAUGGACUUUUGUUGAGCGCAUGGAUACACACGCCUGGGGCGAUGGCAUGGUAGGCAAUGGUCUCGAGUUGAACUACCUCGGCAUCGAGUCCAUCUGGGCCAACGAUCUGGAGAUGUACGACGACCGCCGCAUCGACCCUGACGCAAAGAAGAGUCAAGACAUGUUCCGAGACGCAGUUAAGGAGAUCGUCGAAGCCAAGGAAUUUCCACCGUUCGAAGGGAUCGAAACUUCUUUGCCCGAAAACAGGCAACUGUGUCUGAGUCUAUGUGGGUGGCCACUCGACAAGAAGGGCGUACAGGACAACUGUGAAAACUUGAUCCACGAAGGUGAGGUCUUGAAAGCUGUUGUUCUCGCGGUGUUCCAAGGCCACAAGGACAUCGCACUGUCCUUACUCCGCGCUGCACUACAGCAAGGGAAACUGCCGCAAGACCACAUCGGACUCGCCGCUGUCAUUGCCUGCGCCUCUCCUUCUUCAGGAGUCCCUUCUGAACAGCGCGAAGCCUGUGCCUGGAUGGCUGAUAUGACAACUGACCCCUACCUCAAAUCGCUUCUGACAUACUUCAUUACUGCUGACUGGACCGCCGUAGUAGAUAUGGCAUCUCUUAGUCUUCCUGACCGCGUUGCCGUGGCCUUGAAAUACCUCCCUGACACAACUCUCUCUCAGUUUCUCUCCACGACGACUACAGACUGCAUUCACAGCGGCUCGAUCUCCGGGCUCCUACUCACGGGUCUAACAGCUCGUGCCCUCGACCUUCUACAGGUGCACGUUGCCGCACACCCAUCUGAGCUGCAGACUGCCGUUCUUCUCCUCUCGCGCGCCUGCCCCCUCUACAUCCAAGACCCGCGCUGGUACCUCUGGAAAGACAUCUACCUGGAGCAAAUGCAAGUCUGGCGCACCUUUUUGCAGCGCACACGCUACACAAAAGAACACAACACUCGCAGCGUAACGCGCGACGGUAGCGCAAGGAACAAACCGACCCAGCCCAGCAUCGCAAUCCGAUGCGCACAAUGCCAGCAAAACCUCGCGCUGCGCAAGGAACCGCGCGGCGCACAUUCAAGACUCGUCCCCGUCACAGGCGCACCGUACCACGCGCAGCACCCCUCGAACCCCAAAUCCGCGCUCCUCCACGCCAAACCCGGAGGCGCAGGCAAACACUCGACCACCUCACCCGCCCUCGCGUGUCCCAACUGCGGCGCACAGAUGCCGCGCUGCGGACUCUGCAUGAUGUGGCUCGGCAGCCCGGAUCCCACCAAGCCCGGCGGCGCAGAGACGCUCAAGGGCGAGGAUCUCGAGAGCAGACUGAUGGUGUUUUGCAUGAACUGCACACACGGUUUCCACGGCCAUCACGCGCGCGAUUGGUUCGCCAGACACGCUAUGUGUCCCGUACCAGACUGCAGGUGCAUGUGUGGGCUGUUGAAGUGA